GCACAGAGCAAGUAAGUGGCUGAGCAAAUGUUUCACGAAGCUGCUCACCGUGAGCUCCCUGUAUUCGUUUUACGUCCAGGCGACAUGGCUCCGUCGUCUCUCACCGGCCAUUGGAAAGCCAGUGACUUCAUCUACCUGCCACUCAAGGGUUGUGCCGAGCUCGGUGCUGUGCCUGCUCGUUCCGAUUGGUACUUCGAUAUGACCCCAGUGGAUUACGCAGCUCGUGCCCUUGUUCACUUCUCCGCUGUGCGUCUGGCCGAGGCUUUGGGCCAGACUUUGCACAUCCAGAACCCGUCACCACCUGUCAAUAGCGACGAGUUCUUUCAACUCUUUACAAGUGCUGCGGCAGACAAGAAAUUGGCUACUGUCGAGUACGCGGAGUGGAAGAGCAGUCUGAACCAGGCUGCAUCCAAGCCGGACGCGUCACUGGAGCUACAGAAACUGGCCACAGGCAUUGAUUCAUUCGAGGAAUAUUUCCACAGCGACAAAGUGUUCGACUCGAGUCCCUCGGCUGAGCUACUGAAGGCUGCAGAGAUCUCGUGUCCGGUGGUGAGCCAGAAUCUCCUGAACAUAAAAAUCGAGCUAAGUGUACCACGAAUAUGA